CUCCCACACACCGAUGUAGAUUCUCUGUCACAGUCACUCCCACAGUUUAAAAAGAAACAAGCGCCAUUAGUCUGCACUGAAGCAUGGUGACACUUGACACAUCUCUUUCUCUGGCGAAGACCCUUGAGCAUAGAGCGGAAAACUUAAACAAGCGGCAGUUUCCACAGAAGUUCCAGAAGUUUACCCAAAAGGACGAGGACAUGGAGUAUGGAGACUCGUCUCCCGGGGAGUACAUUGUCCGAAGGGAAGUUCUGGAUGAGUCCCGUCUGGAUGUGGUGGCACAAAAAGGGACGUGGUCCAUCAAACCAACCGUGGGUGACCGGGUGAAGGAAAUGUUGAGGUGUUCUGCUCCCCGCCUGAAGGACGUACUCCUGGCCCGGAUACCCGUUCUCGCCUGGCUGCCUAAAUACUCAUUUCGAGAAAAUAUCAUUGGUGACGUGAUCUCUGGCUGCAGCGUGGGCAUCAUGCAUCUGCCACAGGGUAUGGCAUAUGCUCUUCUGGCUUCCUUACGCCCCGUUUUGGGACUUUACUCCUCCUUCUACCCGGUGCUGGUCUACUUUAUCUUUGGCACCUCCAGGCACAUCUCUUUGGGUACAUUUGCCGUGAUCAGCAUCAUGGUUGGGAGUGUGACAGAGAGGCUUGCACCAGACAGCAACUUUAUGGUAAAUGGGACCAAUGGGACAGAGAGUGUGAACAUCGCUGCGAGGGACUCGUCCAGAACACAGAUAGCGUGCUCCCUCACAGUGCUGACGGGAAUCUUUCAGAUCCUCCUGGGUGUGGUGAGGUUUGGUUUCAUGGUCACCUACCUCUCUGAGCCGCUUAUUCGAGGCUACACCACAGCAUCAGCGUGCCACGUGUGUGUCUCCCAGCUCAAAUACCUGUUUGGAGUCAAACCGGCUCGCUUCGCUGGCCCUCUCUCCCUCAUUUAUACUCUGGUGGAAAUUUGCAGACUUCUGCCCCAGACGAGGGUCCCAGAGCUGGUGGUCAGUGUGGUGGCUCUUUCCGUUCUCAUUGUUGCCAAAGAGAUCAAUGACUGCUACAGACAGAAGCUGCCAUUACCAAUCCCUAUAGAGCUUAUAGUUAUCGUCGCGGCAACUAUCAUAACCUACUUUUGUGGACUCCGCAGUGAAUAUUUCAUCGAUGUGGUUGGAGAGAUUCCCAGUGGGCUCAAGCCCCCUCGUGCUCCUGAUACCACUCUUUUCUCAAAGAUGAUAGGUGACGCUUUUGCUGUGGCCAUCGUGGGCUACGCCAUCAACAUUUCCCUGGGCAAAACAUUCGCCCUCAAACAUGGCUACAAGGUGGACAGCAACCAGGAGCUUGUUGCUUCUGGUCUCUGUAACACCAUUGGUGGUUUUUUCCGGUGUUACGCUGUGACUUCCUCGUUGUCUCGAAGUCUUGUGCAGGAGAGCACCGGGGGCAAGACACAAGUUGCUGGGAUUAUCUCCUCUGUUAUUGUGCUCAUCACAGUUUUGAAAAUAGGCUCUCUUUUUGAAGAUCUUCCCAAGGCCGUUUUAUCCACAAUCGUGUUUGUGAAUCUAAAAGGGAUGUUCAAGCAGUUUAUUGACGUGCCCAUGCUGUGGAGGACCAACAAGGUUGACUUGCUUGUGUGGCUGGUUACAUUCGUAAGCACCAUCCUGCUCAAUCUGGACAUGGGUCUGGCUGUCUCUGUCAGCUUUUCCAUGCUCACAGUCCUCUUCAAAACACAACUACCCAGCUACUCAAUCUUGGGUAAUGUACCGGGCACGGACCUGUAUCUGGACACGGAGGCCUACAGAGAGGCUAAAGAGAUCCCAGGAAUAAAAAUCUUCCGCUCAUCAGCCACUAUCAACUUCACAAAUGCCGAAAGUUACUUGGAGUCCCUGCAAGAGAAGAGUGGGAUCGACAUUGGAAAACUGCAAACUGAGAAGAAGAAACGGGAGGCCCUGCAGAAGCGUAACCAAAAGAAAGAGAAAAAAAGAGAAAAGGAUGAAGCAAAGAAAAAUAAACUAAAUGAAAGGAAGAAUAGCCAGAAUGGCGUUGUUUUGAGCAUGACAGAUGUAGAUCCAAACUUCCCUGAUAAAGGUCAGGUCAACUGGGCUUAUCAUCCUGACAGAGUUACAUUAGACUCUGAUUCAAACACGUAUGAGGAAAUUACAACGGUUUCACAUCAACAUGAACUUGGGAAACAUAGCAACUGCAGAUCUGGCACCCACAGCAUCAUUCUGGACGUUUCCAUGGUCAGCUCUGUGGACACGGUCACUGUGAAGACACUGAAAAACAUUUUUAGGGACUUUGGAGAAGUCGGCGUGGCCAUCUAUCUAGCUGGCUGUCAAGCCUGUGUGGUGGAGCAGAUGGAAAGGGCAAACUUCUUCUCGGACUCCAUCCCCAAGAGCUGGUUGUUUGUCUCAGUUCAUGAUGCAGUCCUUCGUGUUCUCCAGACACUGCAGCCGGAGACGGAUGUCAUGCUUGAUAGUUCGUGCAAUACCCAUAUGUGACCAGCAGGAGUCGUGGUUUUUCGUCUUUCUUCAACUCAAGCAAUGUUCCACCCUCCCCCCCACCACCACACGCCCCGCCCCCUCCCCCUUUCAGCGGGGCAGAAUGCGCCACCUUGACAUGGCGGCCGG